AUGAAACUUCCCCUUUCCUUUUUCCUUUCCCUUCCCGCAACUGCCACAUUCGCUAUGGUCUCUACUAUUUCUUAAUUCCUCUAAACCCUAAAAUAAAUUUCUUCUCUUUUGAAUUGACUCAAAAUCGCUCAAUUUCCUAAAUAUUCAUUUCGUAUGUUACGUACACAUAGCUAGAUAAUUAUAUAUAUCUGCGACCAGUAUAUCAGUAGAGUGUGUGUGUGUGUGAAAGAAAAAAACAAUGAGCUGGAGGAGAGUGGGUAAAUCUUUGCAGACACUUUCAGCCCAUAUCUUACUUUUGUGUUUUACCGUUUUACUGGUUCUCAAGCUCGAUCAAUUCGUUGAUUACUCUUGGUGGAUUAUAUUCUUCCCUCUAUGGAUGUUUCAUGCAGUUGUUGCCCGAGGAAGAUUCUCCCUGCCCGCUCCAUCAGUUCCCCAUGAUCGCCAUUGGGCACCAUGUCAUGCUGUUGUUGCGACACCUUUGCUUAUUGCAUUUGAACUACUUCUCUGUAUACAUCUCGAGAGCAUAUAUGUCAACCAUUCUGCAGCUGUGAAUUUGAAAAUUGUCUUUCUCCCUUUGAUAGCAUUUGAAAUAAUUAUUCUCAUUGACAAUUUCAGAAUGUGUAAGGCAUUAUUGCCUGGAGAUGAAGAAAGCAUGAAUGAUGAGGCAAUAUGGGAAACACUUCCUCAUUUUUGGGUGGCAAUCUCCAUGGUCUUCUUUGUUGCUGCUACAGUGUUCACCCUUCUCAAGUUGUGUGGCGAUGUUGGCUCUCUGGGCUGGUGGGACUUGUUUAUAAAUUAUGGUAUUGCUGAGUGCUUUGCGUUUCUUGUUUGUACUAAGUGGUCAAAUCCAACAAUUCAUAGAAGUUCUGAGACACGUGGAGCUAGUUCUUCGUCUACUACUAUCAGAUAUCUUGACUGGAAUAGUGGCUUAGUGGUUUCCUCAGAGGAAGAAUCCCCGAGUAGAAUGUGUGGACUUGCAGACCUCGGUGGUCACAUAAUGAAAAUUCCAAUUAUAUUUUUCCAAGUUCUCCUCUGUAUGCGCCUGGAGGGAACACCUGAAGGUGCAAGGCACAUUUCUCUUCCACUUCUAUUUUUACCCAUAUUCCUAUUGCAAGGAGCUGGCGUAUUGUUUGCUACAUUAAGAUUUAUUGAGAAAAUUGUUCUGUUAUUGCGAAGUGGAGCUGCUGUUGGACGAUACCAUGUUUUUUCUUCCAGAGUGCGUGACUGCUUUGCAUUUAUGCAUCAAGGUUCCAGGCUACUUGGUUGGUGGUCCAUUGAUGAAUCAAGUCGAGAGGAACAGGCUCGACUAUUCCAUGAUGGAUUUCCUGGGUAUAAUACUUUUUGUGGUUAUCCACCUGAAAUAGUCAAGAAAAUGCCCAAGAAGGAUCUUGCUGAGGAGGUUUGGAAACUUCAAGCUGCUCUGGGUGAGCAAGCAGAAAUUACUAAACUGAGCCAGCAGGAAUACGAAAGACUUCAAAAUGAAAAAGUUUUAUGUAGGGUUUGCUUUGAAGGAGAGAUUAGCACAGUACUACUCCCUUGCAGGCAUCGCGUCCUAUGCAGUUCUUGCUGUGAGAGAUGUAACAAAUGCCCUAUCUGCCGUGUCUCUAUUGCGGAGCGCUUGCCUGUAUAUGAUGUAUAGGUUAAUCCAUCAAAUUUCUGCCUUUUUUAGUCCCCUUUCAAAAUGUCAGAUGUUGAUACAUGGAAAGGUAGUUUAUAGUUGCUCUAUAGAGUGUUGGGCAGUUAGUUUGCUUUGACUAAACUAACGAAAUUAGGUAGGACACAUUUGGGGUGCACUUACUAUUCUAAUACUGUAAUCUUUGUACAUAUGUGUCCUUUCUAAUGAAGGAAGCUGUAAAUAUAAUAUACUUUUUCUCGGUUU